AUGAGUGAAAUGUCUUACCCAAAAGGACAGGGAGACAUUGAACGGAGGGUGUAUACGCAAGCGGCCAACCCAGUGAACGCGCACAAUAUGGCAACCCAGAGAAUUGGGCACGACCCCGAACUGAAACAAAAACAGGUCCUCGUCGGCGAGCGUGUGAAAGGAGGAGUAAGCGGACGAGAAUGCGACAAUGAAACGGACAAAAGGCGAAACCACGAAACGGGCACAGGAAUUGGCUGUAACGCAGGAGGGCAACAGCAAGAGAGUGGUUUCCGUAUAUUCAAGGAGGAAAGAGAGUUCGCGCGUAGGCCCGCGCUGGCGACACUGUCGGAUGAUCAAGAAGAAAAAGUGAGGGAGUUCAAGAAAUCUGUCAGACAUUUCAAACACCAACUCGAAUGCAAUUAUGCUACGCAGACGCAUACGCUACAGCAGACACUGGGCCACGGCGGCUUCGGUGCCGUCUAUCUUGUGAAGCGGAAGACAGACGGGCAUUACUUCGCGCUCAAGCAGGUGCCGAAACGGAAGGUGUUGAAGGCCUCGUCGCGGGAAAGGCAGUUCGCAGAGAGAAACUUCCUCUCUGCCUGCAAAUCCCCGUCCGUCGUGCAACUGCACGUCACCUUCCAGGACGAGCUGUUCUUGUACCAAGUAGUCGAGUUUCUUCAGGGAGGAAGCAUGAUGCACUACAUGCAUGCGAAGCAAAAAUUUCCUGAGGACGUGGUCAAACUAUGCAUCGCGGAGCUCGUGCUAGCUGUCAAGGAAGUCCACGAGAAAAACUACAUCCACCGUGAUAUCAAGCCGGACAACAUUGUCUUCACACGGGACGGUCAUCUGAAGCUCCUUGACUUUGGCCUCGCCAAAUUCGCGCCCUACGUCUUCCAGUUCGCUGCGUACGCGCGGAAACCAGACUCAGCUCUGUGCGGCACCUCAAAUGAAGAAGGGGAGACACCGGCGCCGGCUGCGACAAUGAGCACGGCGGGCAGCCCUCUGCGGCUGGUGCCGACUUACGGCAGCAGCAACCAGGUCUCGCCCGACAGACUCGCGCAAGCCAAACAUCUGCCGCACGCGUCCGUCUCUCCUAAUGCGUUCGAAGAGGGCUGCUGCAGGUGUCUUCACAUGCAAGACGAGGAGGAAAUCUCUGGCGACGGCCAGCUGAACCGCCCGUCAGACACGCUGCUCAGAUCGAUUUGCGGCACGCCCAUGUACACUGCUCCAGAAGUCCUCAGAGGCGAGGGAUACGACCACUCAGUCGACUGGUGGUCCGUCGGCGUCGUCAUGUUCGAGAUGCUCUACGGCGGCAUCCCGUUCUGUCCGCCGCCCAAGUACCGCGGCGACGUCGCGACCUUCGUGAAGGUGCAGGUCACGAACCACGCGCUCGUCUGUCCAAUCCCGUACCCCUCUCCCGUCUCCAGCGUGAUUUCCUCUGAAUCCAUCAGUCUGAUGCAGAGUCUGGUCUGCGAGCCUGAGCACCGCUUCAAGAGCGCGGCGAAGAUCAUGCAGCACCCUUGGUUCGACGGCAUUGAGUGGGAAACGCUUCACCAACUGAAGUCGCCUCUCUGCGAAGACACGGAGCUUUACGCGCGCCGACACUUUCCGCUCAUCGACGCCGCGGCCUGCGCCGACAGUCUGACAGAAGAGGAUAGGAGCGCCGGCAGCGGCAAAGCGCCGAAGGCGACCGAAAGCGGCGGACAACAGCGCGGAAGAGCCGGAAAACCGGCGGACGCCGUCGAGAGGAAGAUAAAUGCAGCACAGGCGGAACCAGACUUAUUCUUCGCGCGGUACGAGUUCAGCCGCCGUGCAGUCGAGACGCUCCCCACGUUCGCCAAGGUGCUGCAGCGAAACGCUGGAAAGCACAGCCCGUCGGGAGGCGACGAGUCCGCGGGGGAGCUCUCGCGGUCGUCAGGCGAGGAGUUGCUCGAGUCACACGAGGGGGCGAAAGGCGCCGACAGCCUGCAGGGGUUGCCGUCCCCCGCGGGGCUCGCCUUCUCCCCCGAUCCGAAGCGAUGCGAACUCGCCGCGCGCGAAGACAACCAGGGCCCUCAGGCCGACGGCUCCGAGGAGGGGUCGCGCGACUGCGAGGCAGGUCUCUUGGCUCUCUAUCAGGGCACGAAAAAUCGAGACGCGCGCGAGGACGCGACAAAGAGGGACAAGGUGCUGCAGCUCUCGUUUGACGAACUCGAAGAACGGCUCGGAGUGGCGUCCUCCUCGACCAAGAGCGAAAGAGGCGAGGACCGCGAAAAAGGCGCCGAAAGCCUCCAGUGCGUCUCUACGGCCCCCGCCGACGACGAAAGCGACGACACUAGGCAGGACGAAGAGACGCAAACCCGACACAAGGCGACUCAAGUCGCUUGCGACUAG